UACCCAAAUCACAGGUCGGACCUCCCAGCUCUUUCUUGUUCAAAUUAUCCCAGCUGAACUUGAUACUGGCCCCGAUGCCUGGAAAUCCCCUGCCUUAAAAGCAGAUUCGUUUUUCGUCUGUCUCCAGAAGCCUACAGGGUGAAUUUGGUUAUACUUAAUCUUCUCUUGUCUAGGUUUUGCAAUUACGGGUUUCCUUAAUGAUAGUCGCACCACAUUUAUAUGAAUGAGUUGGAACCACAUGCUGUUUUAAUGUUAGUCAUUAAUUAUCGAUGUUUUUAUUAUUUACAUUUACUUUAGAUCUGUGAAUUUUAUAUUACUCUGCAUCUCUGCCAAGUUUAGCAGUUUUCUACUUGAAGGAUUUCUGCAUUCUCUAAACCGACUGGUGUCAAAAUGCGGGAGGGGAACCACGUGCGUGUGUUCUUCUUUCUGGCCCUGGCCAGCUUUUCAUUAGCGGACAACGUGCAGCUUUGGUCCGAAGGUGUCCUACACGGCGCUGGCUUCUGUUACUGGACAAGGGCAUCGGCGUCCGGGCACAUCUACCUCAGCUUCCUACAGACCCCUCUGUCUCUUCGGCUUUUUCACACCACGUGGACCGAGGAUUUGCGACUUGUGGGCUGCGCGGUGACCGACCAGCCGAAAGUAACGCAGGACUAUCUGUCUCUGUGUUUGGGAGAACCCACGGGUGGUUUCUCGCAUGUUCCGGACCUACGUCUAAACGUCAGUAGUGUCUUCGCACCGGACAGCCCGUGUGUAACCCAGCACGAAGCCGACCUGCGAGCAUCUGGUCGGGAAAGACGGGACUUGUUUGAUGACGCAUCGCUCCGGCGGCAGAAGCGGUCUUGGAUAUUUCCUGGCACGUUGUGGUGCGGCAUGGGGAAUAAAGCGAACAACUAUGAAGACUUGGGUGUGUUUGAACGGACGGACAGAUGCUGCAGGGAGCACGAUCAGUGCCAGCACACUAUCUCCUCUUUCACGACCGGCUAUGGCCUCUUCAACUCGAACUUCUACACCAUCUCGCACUGCGAAUGUGACCGCAGAUUCCACCAGUGUCUUCUGGAAGUGAACAAUACCAUCUCCAACAUGGUGGGCUACACCUUCUUCAGCGCCUUGAAGGUUCCUUGCUUUGUGCUUAAGCAACGAGUGCAGUGCGUACAGAUGAACUGGUGGGGCAUGUGUAACACGACCCUGGUGACUCUGGCGAUGCUUAGAAAUGCUACCAAGUACAACUCCACUCACCCCGUCCUGGAAACCGAGUCCCAUCUUCCCGCGGAAAUUCCUGGUAACCAAAGCACACCGGAAGUCCCGGAGACGAUGACGACCCUACCAAGUGUGACUGGCCCCGUGGGAUUCGGUGCUCCAAGCAGUGGGCAUCUUCCCAGAUCACACAUGCCCUGCCGAGCCCAGCUCCACCAGCCUGAGAGAGGGACUGAGCUCCAGCCAAAACCAUGCACAGAAUCUGCGUCCAUCUCUAUGAUGCCAAGGACUUCCCUUACCCCCACUGGGGCUCCCCACCCAACAAACUGGGACUGGUCCAAUGACCUGGAGAACACCCUGCUGGCUGUGCCUACUGUGGCCCCAAGCAUGAACCCCAGUAGUCAACUCCUGCCUGUGUUGGGCACCCAGCAAAGAGAUAAGCAGCUCUGCCUCUGUUACAAGCACCUCGAUGAGUGUGUGUACAAGAUUCCCCCAGGGGUAGAGAGAUUUGGCCUGUGGAAUCCGGGGCCCAGGACCAUGUACCACUGCUCCUGCACUAGGAGCUUAGCCCGGACGCUCCGGCAGAAGCAGGAGCCCAAUGCGGUGCAGUCCCUGCUGCUCACCUUCAUCUCUCUGUCCUGCUUCAGAAUGCAGCAUGCCAAGGACUGCUCCACAGGGGCAAGGUGUUCCGCCUACUUUUCCGAAGCCCCUCCCAUCAUGCGUGCUCUGAGGCGGAAGGGUCAGUCCAUGGCCCAAAGAUUCCUGGAAGUACCCAGCACCAAAGUGAAGAGGCCGGUGAAGAGACAUACGCCUGUCAGACUGUAUCAGAGGUGCCUGACCCUAGUCAGGUCCAAGCCACCUAGUGUUGGCUCCUGGGGUCCUGUUUGACCCCCCGGAAUAACAGCUUGGGGUCUUGGAGUACUUCGCCGCACCCUGACAUGGUCUUUUCUGAAGCAGGUAUUGAAAAGUGGUUAUGUAGUGGAUGUUCACCAGAAGGUUGCAAGUGUGAAUCCUGGGAUGGGUGCUGCUGUUUGAAUUGCUUUAGCAAUAUCUACCCCUAAAGAAUUACAACUAAUAGUUUUAACAUUGUCUGUGGUUUUGGAUAUAAAGCACUCUAGAGGAAAAAGCACUGUGUUCUUGUCAGCCCUAAAGCACAGCAUAGCUGUGUUGGCUCUGCUCAUGACCUUGUCAAACAGGUCAUAUGAUCUAAACUAAAACUUUGUGGGUUUUUCCCCCCCUGUGCUCCAAGAUGUAUGUGGUUUUACAUUUUGAACAAUUUAAAUUCUGGGUAAAUAAUGGGUGGCUCUUUCUGACAGAAGCCUCUAAAGAUGUUUGUUGAAAAAUUAUGCAAGGUCAGUACGCCACAAUGGGGAAAACAGACUUUGAAUACUUAACUCCAUUGUAAGCCUUUUAUCUUGAAGAAACAUCUCUUGAACAUAUCAGAUCAAAUUAAGUGUGUAAACAUUUUUAAAUGAUCGGCAAUAACCCUUGUAUUUCAUUUGCACCCUAAAUAAUCAGCAUAAAAGAUCAACGAGAUUCGUGUUUCCCUCCGUUCUGCCCUAAAUUGAGGCGGCAGUGACACCGUUUUGGCAGCAGAGGGCAACAAUUAGUUCCCAUAAAUUUAGGGAAGCGGUUAGUCAAUUACAGUGUUGUUGCUGUUUUGUUUAACCCAAGAGAUUCGUAAAAUAAACAUUAUGGCACAGGAAGGCGUGGGCAUAUUGGCGUCUUUCUACCGGUAGCGCUAAAUGUCGUAGUGCAAGUGGACCAAUCAUAUUUCUCUGUGCGUUUAAUGCUGUUAUGAAUCUUUGACCUCGUAUCUGCGUGCAUGUGUAUUUAUAUUGCUUGUUUGUACUUUGAUAAAUAAUAAAUAUAAUUUCCACUUGAA